AUGGCCAAAUUAGCCCAGUUCAAAGACUUUGGGAAGAAGAUCGUGUGUGUGGGGCGUAACUACAGAGAGCAUGCGGCAGAACUAGGAAAUCCAGUACCCAGCAAGCCAAUCUUAUUUCUAAAGCCUACUACCGCAUAUAUAUCAGAGGGACAGGCUAUUAAGAUUCCCAAAGGAUGUACUGACCUUAACCAUGAGGUAGAGCUUGGAGUGGUGAUUGGCUCUCGUGCAACAAAUGUCCAAGAGAGUGAGGCAAUGAAAUAUGUAGGUGGUUAUGCUCUUGGCUUAGAUAUGACAGCACGAGACUGGCAGGCUGAAGCCAAGAAAAAUGGACAUCCGUGGUCAUUAGCCAAAGGAUUUGACACAUCUUGUCCAAUAAGUGCAUUUAUUGAGAAAGACAAGAUUCCAAAUCCAGAAAAUGUGGACAUUUGGUUAAAAGUCAAUGGAGAAACCCGGCAGUCUGGCAACACUAAAGAUAUGAUAUUUUCUGUAGCACAUUUAAUCAGCUACAUCAGCCAGUUUUUUACACUGGAGCCCGGUGAUUUACUUCUGACAGGCACGCCAGCAGGUGUUUCCAAACUGAAAUCUGGAGACAUCAUUCAGGCUGGUCUGGGAGAUGUUGUGAAUGUUCAAUUCACUGUUCAGUCUUAG